AUGAUUGCUGAAAUAAUUGAUGGCAAGGCUAUUGCUGCCAGUAUUCGCUCAAAUAUUAAAAAUGAAAUCAUUUCAAUUAAAUCAAAGGUUCCAACUUUCAACCCUUCAUUCACAAUCAUUCAGGUUGGUGCAAGACCAGAUUCCUCCACUUAUGUUAGAAUGAAAUUGAAAGCUGCAAAGGAGUCUGGUAUUGAAUGCGAUUUAUUAAAUUUGCCUGAUACUGUGACUAAUGAUGAAAUCCUAACCCAAAUUGAGAUCUUGAACAAUAAUCCAAAAAUCCACGGCUUGAUCGUUCAGUUACCAUUACCAAAUCACAUUGAUGAAAAAUUAAUUACUUCUGCUGUUGACAAUAAAAAAGAUGUUGAUGGAUUUGGCACCGAAAAUAUCGGUGAAAUCUCAAAGAAAAAUGGCGAUCCUCUAUUCUUACCCGCUACUCCAAAGGGUAUUAUGAAAUUAUUAUCUGAAUCAAAUGUAGACUUGGUUGGUAAAAACUGCGUUGUUUUAGGUAGAUCAGACAUAGUUGGUUCACCUAUGUCCAAUCUUUUAAGAAAUGCUGAUGCAACUGUUACUACUUUACAUUCAAAAUCUAAGAAUAUAGAUUUUUUCCUUAAAAAUGCUGAUAUCGUGGUCUCGGCCAUUGGUAGGUCAAACUUCGUUAAAGCUGAUUCCUUGAAGAAAGAUGUCAUUGUCAUUGAUGUCGGCACUAAUUUCGUUCCCGACUCAACUAAGAAAUCUGGUUCAAGGAUGGUUGGUGAUGUUGAUUUUGAAUCAGUUUCUCAAGUCGCCUCAAAAAUUACUCCAGUUCCAGGUGGUGUUGGUCCAAUGACGGUUGCCAUGUUAUUAGAAAAUGUCCUUAUCUCUGCAAAAAGAUUUAAUGAGUUAGGUUAUUCAUUUGCAAAACCAGAUUUUACUCCAUUAAGAUUGAAUUUAUUAAAACCUGUUCCAUCCGAUUUUGAAAUUUCAAGAGCUCAAAAGCCUAAAAAAAUUACUCAGAUUGCUAAAGAAUCUGGAAUUCUUUCCUCUGAACUCGAACCCUAUGGCUCAACUAAGGCUAAAAUUAAGUUGUCCAUAUUGGAUCGUCUUGCAAAUAAAAAAAAUGGUAAAUACAUUUUAGUCACCGGAAUCACACCAACUCCAUUAGGUGAGGGUAAAUCAACUACCACUGUCGGUUUAGCUCAAGCUUUGGGUGCUCAUUUAAACAAAACUGUAUUUGCGAAUGUUCGUCAACCUUCAAUGGGUCCAACUUUUGGUAUUAAAGGUGGUGCUGCAGGUGGCGGCUAUUCUCAAGUUAUUCCAAUGGACGAGUUCAAUAUGCAUCUUACUGGUGAUAUUCAUGCAAUUUCAAUGGCUAAUAAUUUAUUAGCUGCUGCAAUUGAUACAAGAAUCUUUCACGAAAAUACUCAAAAAGAUCCUGCUUUAUAUAGAAGAUUAGUUCCUGCUAAAAAAGGAAAGAGAUCUUUCACUAAAUCCAUGCUAAGAAGAUUAGAAAAAUUAGGAAUCAAUAAAACCGAUCCAAAUGAUUUGACUCCAGAAGAAGUCUCAAAGUUUGUUAGAUUAGAUAUCGACCCAGAUUCAAUUACCUGGAGAAGAGUAGUUGAUUGCAACGAUAGAUUUCUUCGAGGUAUCACAAUCGGUGAAGCUCCAACUGAAAGAGGUAUGACAAGGAAAACUGGAUUUGAUAUUUCCGUUGCAUCAGAAUGUAUGGCAAUUUUAGCAUUGGCAAAUUCGUUAGAAGACUUAAGAGAAAGAUUAGGAAAAAUUGUUGUUGCUUCAUCAAAAGCAGGUGUUCCGGUAACUUGUGAGGAUAUUGGUGCUGCUGGUGCUUUAACUGCUUUAUUGGUUGAUGCAAUCAAACCAACCAUUAUGCAAACAUUAGAAGGAACACCAGUUUUUAUUCAUGCUGGUCCUUUUGCUAAUAUUUCAAUCGGUGCAAACUCAGUUUUAUCAGAUAAAAUUGCUUUAAAAUUAGCUGGUGUUGAUUCAGCUUUAUCAGAAGAGGAAAUCAAAGAACAACAAGGCUAUGUCAUUACUGAGGCAGGUUUUGAUUUUACCAUGGGUGGUGAAAGAUUUAUCAAUAUUAAAUGCAGAUCCUCUGGUUUAGAACCAGAUGUUGUUAUCAUUGUUGCUACUGUUAGAGCAUUAAAAGUUCAUGGUGGUGGUCCAGAUGUUAAAGCUGGGUCACCAUUGGCACAAGAAUACACUCAAGAAAACAUUGAAUUAUUACAAAAGGGAUGUGCUAACUUAGCUAAACAUAUUUCUAAUGCUAAAGAGUAUGGUUUGCCAAUUAUUGUUGCCAUUAAUAAGAUGACAUCAGAUACUGAUAAAGAGCAUGAAGUCAUUCGUCAAGCCUCAAUUAAAGCCGGAGCAGUUGACGCUAUCGUUUCUAACCAUUGGGAAGAAGGUGGUAAAGGAGCAGUAGAUUUAGCCAAGGGUGUUAUUGAAGCAUCCAAUUUACCAAAAUAUUUCAAUUUUCUUUAUUCAGUUGAUAAUUCUGUUGAUGAAAAAAUUUCUAAAAUUGCAAAAGUCAUGUAUGGUGCAAGUAAAGUAGAAUUUUUACCGGAAGCCCAAAGGAAGAUAGAUUUAUAUACUCGACAAGGAUUUGGUAAGUUGCCAAUUUGCAUUGCUAAAACUCAAUAUUCUCUUUCUCAUGAUGCCAACCUAAAGGGUGUUCCUACUGGAUUUACAUUUCCAAUAAGAGACGUCAGAGCCAGUAUUGGAGCAGGUUAUUUAUAUGCCUUAGCUGCUGAAAUCCAGACAAUUCCCGGGUUACCAACUCAUUGUGGAUUCAUGAAUGUGGAAGUUAAUGAAGAUGGUGAAAUUGAUGGUUUAUUUUAA